AUGCAGAACAGCAGCAGCAGCGGCUCCUCCGGACCCCUGAGCGCUCUGAGCGUGUGCGGAGGAGAAGAGGACGAACGGGAGAUCUCGGAGCUGGUCAGUCCCACAGGAGCAGCGUCCAACCUGCCAGCCUUCAACCUCUCCCUCAACUGCUGGCUGCACAUCCUCUCCAAGGAGUCCUCGCUGGACCUGCACGGAGACAGCGCGAACCUGGCAGUGCGGGUCCUCAUUGCCCUGGUCUACCUGGUGGUGUGUGUCCUGGGCCUUGUGGGGAACCUCCUCGCCCUCUUCCUGCUCCACUCCCGCCGCCGGGGCCACCACCACUCCUCCAUCGACUGCUUCGUAAUGAGCCUGGCGCUGACGGACCUCCAGUUCGUCCUCACCUUGCCCUUCUGGGCAGUGGACACGGUGUUGGACUUCCGCUGGCCCUUUGGUCGGGUCAUGUGCAAGAUUGUGAGCUCAGUCACCACCAUGAACAUGUACGCCAGCGUCUUCUUCCUCACCGCCAUGAGCGUGACCCGGUACCACUCCCUGGUCACCUCCCUGAAGAUGGGCAGCCCGAGGAUCGCCAGCGCUCAGGCGAAGUGGGCCAGUUCAGCCAUCUGGGUGGUGUCACUGGUGGCCACGCUGCCUCAUGCUUUCUACUCCACCACAGUCCAGGUGUCUGCAGAUGACGAGCUGUGCUUAGUUCGCUUCUCUGACUCCGACUCAGGCCACUGGGAUCCUCAGGUCCUGCUUGGACUCUACCAAACACAGAAGGUCCUCCUGGGAUUUGUAGUUCCCUUGAUUAUCAUCUCAGUGUGCUACCUCCUCCUGCUGAGGUUCAUCCUGAGCCGGCGCAUCGUGGGAAGUGUGAUCAGUGCCAAUGUCACAGAAAAGUCCGAAUGUGAGAGAGGACGCCACCGCCGCCGCUCCAAAGUCACCCGCUCGGUUACCAUCGUGGUUCUGUCAUUUUUCAUCUGCUGGCUGCCCAACCAGGCACUGACCCUGUGGGGGGUGCUGAUCAAAUUUGACUUGGUUCCCUUCAGUAAAGCCUUCUACAACGCGCAGGCCUACGCUUUCCCCCUGACUGUGUGCCUGGCUCAUGCCAACAGCUGUCUCAACCCGGUGCUCUACUGCCUGAUCCGAAAAGAGUACAGAGCUGGGCUGAAGGAGCUUCUGCUGAGAAUUUCUCAUAGUGUGCAAAAUGUUCUCACUCUGGCUCUGAGAGGGAGGAGAGUGGAGGAAGCACCACCCAGCAUGAUUAUGAUACACAAAGACAUCAACAUGUGA